AUGGCUGUGAACGGGGCAGCUGGGUCUGCUGACCUCAGGACCCAGGAGGACACCGUUCAUAACAAAUCGACUGAAGAGACCUACUUCACAAGAAACACCUCACCACGGGCUUUGAGGGAAGCCCUGCAACUAGCCAACAGCGGGAAGAUAUCGACGCCUUCGGAGAGCGCUAGCGAGGAGGAUUAUGACGAGCAAUCGCAAAAGCCGAUCGCCGUCCUUCGAUUGAAUAGGAAGCGAGAGAAGAACCAGGCCGCUGCGCAUCCGACGUCUGGCAGCAAAUCAAAGGCCAGCGAGGGGACCAGCGAAGUUGCGACUCCGAGCUCUGCGUCUUCUGAGAAUGGGACACUCGAGGAUGUGGCGUCUCUCAGAGGCGCAAAAGUUUAUACCAUUGCGUCGGAUGACAAGGAGCUUCGAGAGAUCCUGAGACGUGGCAUGCAGAGGGCCAAGGAACCAGAGUCGGGUAAGAAACGGAAAGGGAGAUUCAGUGACUAUGUCUUUACGAGGAAAUUCUCCACUUUCGACAGGCAGAAUGUCGCGGCCGCCAACAGUCCUUUUCAUGGCUUCUUUACCCUGUUCUGGAUCGCCAUCGCCAUGCUCUUGCUCAAGAUCGGAGCAGACAACUGGAAGAAUACGGGCAGCCCACUCGGCACCAAUGAUAUAAUGAAGCACAUGUUCAAAAGGGAUGUUGUUGUCCUGCUCAUAUCUGACGGAGUAUUGUGUGGUCUCACCGGUGUUAGCUGGAUUCUACAGCUCCUUGUACAAAAAGGGUAUAUGGAUUGGGACUCGUCGGGGUGGAUUCUCCAGAACGUGUGGCAGACCACCUUCAUCGGGAGCACCAUUGGAUGGACCCAGCUCCGGCAGUGGCCUUGGUCUCACACCGUCUUUUUCGUGAUGCACUCAUUGGUCAUGCUGAUGAAACAGCACAGCUAUGCGUUCUACAAUGGUUAUCUGUCAAGCGUCUACAAGAAGAGGGCAGAGUUGCUCAAGAAGCUCAAGCAACUAGAGCACGUCGAGGCUGUAAAAUCACCCUCACAGACUAAGCCGACAGCCUCAUCGAUAUCAACGGACCAUCUUGCCCACAGACCCUCGAGGCACGAUGUACGGCAGAGGCGCCAGUCGCUCCAUUCAGGCUGCGAGACGUUUAGUCAGGACCUAGAGGGCAUCGAAGAAGCCAUCAAGUCAUCCCAGCCCCUCGACCUGGAGCAGAUCCAUGUGUUCGAACAGAUCAUCAAGUGGGAGAUCGAUGGGCUCACCGAGGAGCUUCAGGGCAAAGCGACCACUGCUGAGAGGGCGUAUCCCAACAACAUCACUUAUCAAAAUCACUACGAGUACAUCGUCUUUCCGACCCUGGUCUACGAGCUCGAAUACCCCAGGUCCGAGCGUAUCGACUGGGGUUACGUGGCGGAGAAGGCGGUUGCGACUUUUGGAGUCAUUUUUGUAAUGAUGAUGGUAUCUCAAGCCUUUAUCUACCCGGUGGUAAUGAAGACGGUCCAUAUGAAAGAAUCCGGGAUGUCGUUGGUCGAGCGCUUCAAGGAGUUUCCGUGGCUGUUGUCGGAUUUGAUCUUCCCUUUCAUGAUGGAAUAUCUCCUGACCUGGUACCUUAUUUGGGAAGCCAUACUCAACCUUCUCGGCGAGCUGACUUACUUUGCCGACCGUGAGUUCUAUUCUGACUGGUGGAACUCGAUCAGCUGGGAUCAGUUUGCGAGAGACUGGAACAGGCCGGUCCACAACUUCCUGCUGAGGCAUGUCUACCACAGCUCGAUCAGUGCAAUGAAGGUCAACAAGCACACGGCGACGCUGUUCACAUUCUUCCUGUCAGCACUGGUGCAUGAGCUGGUCAUGUGGUGUAUUUUCAAGAAGCUCAGAGGCUACCUGCUCUUUAUGCAGAUGUUACAGCUACCGCUUGUCCAGCUGAGCAGGACGAAGUGGAUGAAGGGCAGGAAAACGCUGGGAAACAUCAACUUUUGGUUGGGCAUCUUUACUGGCCCCUCGGUUCUGUGCUCCCUGUACUUGAUAUUCUCUGCUCAACACCACAACCUCCUCCCCCCCAUCGUUCAUCAACGAACCGCAUCACCACUCCAUCCUGACAAGAUGUCUCGUGGCGGUACCACUCUCUACGUCACUGGCUUCAGCCACGGCACUCGUGCCCGCGACCUCGCCUACGAAUUCGAACGCCGCCCUCGCCCUCGCGUCGAAGUGUUCGCUAUGUAUACCCACCGUCGUGUCGUACCCACCGUCGUGCCAUGCUUCCGCCCUGCCCCCAUCGUCCCCCCUUCGAUCGAGCGGUCGGCGAUGACAAAACGCUUCCAAACAAACACGCGUGGCUUUGCACCGGGCAAGUCGCCUGACAACGGUAUCCAUCCGAGCCUGCGACGCUACCUCGACGCGGCGACGACGCGAUCGCAGAUUUCGAGACAACCUUUCUAUGGCAGGCUCGUCCGCUGCGACAUCCCUGCGCCUCGAUCCGCCUCGAGCAGGCUGUUUGCGUUUGUGGAGUACGAAGACCGCCGUGAUGCUGAUGAUGCCUACCACGACAUGCAUAACAAGCGGAUUGGUCGCGACGACAUCCUGAAGAUCGAGUGGGCCCGUACUCCUCCUUCCGCAUCCUGGCGCUUCGAUUCUGGCCGUGACCGUGACCGCCGCCCUCCGCGCUCUCCUCGUCGCCGCACACCCAGCCCCCGGCGUGCUCGCGACUACUCUCCUCGCAAGGAUGACCGUCGUGAUCGCGACCGUUAUGACGACCGCGAUCGCCGUGACACUCGCGACCGUUCGCGAUCUCCUGACCGCCGUGACCGCGAUGACCGGGAGCGGGAUGAUAGGGAUGACCGGGAUCGCCGUGAGAACGGCGCGAACGGCGAUGACCGCAAGCCCCUGGACAGCCCUCCUCCUGUUCACGACGACCUCGACACCGCGGAGUAG